CUGAUGAAACAAUCCGGCGGGGAGAAAGUCGACAGGUUUAAACUGUGCUUCUGUGGACCACAGGAAGCUGGCAAAUCCACUCUGGUGGAAAGUCUGCAAACGGGAUCUUUCACUGCCUUCUUCCGGGAUCGGAUGACUCCAGAAGAUCAACCACACGAGCCCACCCCGGGUGUGAAUGUGGGAACAACCAACAUUCCCGGUGUGGGGCAGGUCAGUGUGUGGGACUUCGCUGGACAGUCGGAGUACGCGGUAACCCACAGCAUGUUCAUGGAUGCAGAAAACACCAUCUUCACCGUGCUAUACAACAUCAUGGAUGACUUAAAAAAGCAGAAGAGAGAGGUCCACUGGUGGCUGUGUUUCAUCAAGUCCUGCAACACAAAGUGUAAGCCUCAUGUCAUCCUGGUAGCCAGUCAUGCCGAUCAGACAAACACAGGUCAUCAACAAGCAUCUUCCAUCCUUGAGUUGAUGACGUCAGAGUUCAAGGAUCACCUGAACAUCUCAGACGAAGUGUUUCUCCUCGACUGCAGGAAGACACGUAAAACUGACAUGAGGCGUCUUAAAGACCUUCUGACAAGACUGAAGACCGAGCUUCUGGAUCAUCAGCGAGCCAUUCCCAAGCUGUGUGCUGAGAUCAUCAAGUGCCUCCCAAAAUGGGCCAAGGAGAAAUGCAGACCGAAGUGUCCUGUCUUGAAAUGGGCAGAGUACAAGGAGGCGGCGGCGAAGGAGAUCGACCGCUUUGUCGAUGAAGAUCUUCUGAAGACGUCUUCACAGUACUUGGCUCAUCUCGGAGAGAUCUUGUUCGUUCCCCUGCAAAAUGCCGACCCCAUCAUCGUCCUGAAGCCCAACUGGCUCUGCACGGAUGUCUUCGGCAAAGUGAUGGCUCCAGAAAACUUCCCCAUCCAACAUCUGAGAACCAUCAACGACGUCGUCACGAAAGAGGAAAUCCAGAACGUGUUUAAAGAUGUUGCCGAUGUGGAUCUCCUGACCACCCUGCUACAAGAGUUCCAGCUCUGCCACACCUAUAAUGAACAGGAGUUCAUCAUCCCCGGGCUGCUGACACAGACCAUGCCUCCAGAGAACUGGCAGCCGACCGCGAACACUGCCAAGCCCGUCUACUUCGGCAAGCAAGUCCAAUGUGCCGACACCACCGACAUGUUCUCCUCCGCGUUCUUCCCCCGUGUGCAGACCCGCCUAAUGAAGGAACUGAAGAACCGCCCGCUGCUGUGGAGAGACGGAGCCAAGUGUUUCGACUCCAACGUGGAAAGUCUCAUCAAGCUCUCCCCAGACGGCCGUGUGGUCAACACUUGCGUGCGAAGCGAGCAGGGCGACAAGCUGAGCUGCCGGCAGAUGCUCGAGAAGAUUGAGAACAUCGUCAUCAACGUGUUAGACGAGGUCAGCCCAGGCACUGCUACAGAAGAGAGGGUGCUCAGCGCUCGUGCACUUAGGGAACACAGAGAAGAGAUUUACUCCUACAGCAUGGAUCAGGUCAACAAGGCCAAAGAAGAGGACGGCAUCGUCCAUCACGACAUUCUCGGCUUCUCAGAAGACGUCGAUGACCUCCUGUGUGGUGGAGGAGACGACGAUGAAGAGGAGCAAGGAGCUGUUGGAUACUCGCACCAGGAUCCCCGCGUGUACGAGAUGCACAACCACAUCAUCAACGCAGGCGAUGGUGCCGUCAUCAACAUGUAUCAAGGUGCCGCAGGACAACUAGAACAGCUACAGUUGGAAGGGAAUGUUGGACAGCCACAGUUGGAAGGGGGUAUUGGGCAGCUACAGUUGGAAGGGGAUGUUGGACAGCCACAGUUGGAAGCAAAUUAGCCUGGUGAUCUGGAACAGACACAGUUGGCGGAGUGACUUUUCAUUCAAUCUAGUACAAAUGUUAACAAAGGCUUCCUUUCCC